AUGGCUAGUCUCAAGUUCAUAAUGGAUGUCAACGACGACCACCAGGUGCCGGACCGUCAACAGGCCCAGAAUAAUAAAAAGGCCAAGGUCCCAAUCAAGCCGGCCACUACCGGUCAGCUACCAGAAGAACCCAACCCACUACCACACCCGAGGCAUGCUAGUAGUUCCGGUCUGGCCGCCGAAGAGGAUAUCAACCCCCCUUCCCCCUCUACCCUGAACAAGAAACGUGCUGCUUCCUCAAGGGGUCCCAAGCCAACGACGACAACAUCAACCACAACCCCAACUGCCCCCCAAGGAACGGCAAGCGGAUCACUGGAUACUCCAGUCCCAUCGACGACCUUGUCUCCUGCCACCGCACGACCCUCAGUCCGUCGUCGAAGCACGACAAGCACCGACUCAAUGGACCGGUCAGGAGGCUACGGAUCUCCCGCCUCGUCGUCAUCAAUGGGAGGCGGACCCAUGAGACCUAUGCCCCCUCAUCCUCAACCAUCUGAUGCAGUACCGAUGAGACUUACCCCCAUCACUGGUCGUGUGAGCAGAGCGAAGAAGGGCGUUCCGGUACAUGUCUGCGAGCUUUGCAAACCAGCCAAGACCUUCACAAGAGCCGAGCACUUGAGGCGUCACCAACUCAGCCAUGAAGAGCCUCAAUUUCGUUGCUCGGGCUGUGACAAGGCAUUUCAUCGCCAAGAUCUGUUGACUAGACAUCAGCAGAAGAAGCCAGUCCAUAUGCUGUGCCAUCACCAAGACCACCACAGCCAAUACAGAUCUCUGGGUCACAGAGCAGCUCAUCAGUGCCGGCCCAAGGGUCUGGGCAAACACUUUCCACCGCGGCCGUCUCUUCUGAGACGCCUUCAACAACAUAUUCUCAGCCCGCCAGCUCGCCUCAUCCAACCGCAGAUUACAGAGGGGCCGCACCUGAAUACGAGGCCUACCCAAUGUCCCCGACACCCAUUCUAG